GGCGGGGCGGGGCAGCGGCGGCGGCGGCGGCAGCAUGGCAGCGCGGCGGGCGUGAGCGCCCAGCCCGGUACCGGUGCUCGGGCCGCAGGCUGCAGCGGCCAACAUGGAUUUUCUCUUGAUCUGGCCCUUUCUGCUGGCACUGCUGCUGCCCUGGGGCAGCUUCGCAGACCUGGAAAAGCAGAGGGUGGACUCUGGCUUGGAAAUCUAUAAGAAGCUGUUUGAGGUGAAGCGCAAGGACCAGAUGAAUGCGCUGAAGAACCUGAUCGAGCUCAAUGACGUCAACCAGCAGUACAAAAUCAUUGACAUCAUGCUCAAGGGACUCUUCAAAGUGCUGGAGGACUCCCGGGCUGUGCUCAUUGCUGCUGACGUGCCUCCCGAUGGGCCUUUCCCUCAGGACGAGAAGAUAAAGGAUGCAUACUCCCAUGUGGUGGAGAACACCGCCUUCUUCGGGGACGUCGUCCUGCGCUUCCCCAAGAUUGUGCACCAUUACUUCGACCGCAACUCCAACUGGAACAGCCUCAUCCGCUGGGGCAUCGGCUUCUGCAACCUGACGGGCGUGUUUGAGCAGGGACCCCACUCCCAGGUCCUGGGGCUGAUGGCUCAGGAGCUGGGAAUCAGUGAGAAAUCGCCCGAUUACCGCAAUCCCUUUAAAACGGACCACUCUGAGUUUUUCCCCAGUGCUGACACCUUCCAGAAGGCGCUGCGGGAGGAGGAGAAGCGGAGGAAGAAGGAGGAGAAGCGGAAGGAGAUACGCAAGGGCCCACGCAUCUCCCGCUCACAGUCGGAGCUGUAGCACACGGGGACUUGUGCCUCGCAGCGGGGGCGACGCUGGCGGGACGCAGAGUGACUCGCUCCCUCUCGGCAGCCUCGGGCUGGUGCCCAGCAGUCCCCUUUCCGUUUGUGCCGUGGGUUUUGUUUUGUUGCCUUUCCCUUUCAUUCGGCAGGGGCCAGGUGGUGGUGCUGUUGGUUUGCCCCAACAGGGCUGGGGGGAGCUGAAGUGGGGUACCCCUUCCUCAGAGCCAAAGCACAGAUGGGAAGGCAGCUGAGCCAUCCCCUGGGCUUGUUGGGGUGCUGCCACCUGUGAUGGGGUAGAGCAAGGGGGACACACUGUGGCUGAGCCCCACAGGGAGCCCUCCCCUCCGCAGCACAGGUUGUCCCCUGCUGAACGUGCCUCCUCCGUCGUGGGUGGGCUGGAGUGGGCGUCAUGCCAAACAGCCUCAUGAGCAAUGCUGCUUCUCUCAGUUUUGGUUUAUUUUUAAGCCGAUGAUCUCAUUAGCACCCCCUACCCGGUUAUACCUGGUCUCUGCCCAGCUGCUACCUCUGCCAGAUCAGCUCUCCCUUCUUCCCGAUGGCUGUUUAAUGGAGCACUGUGGUUGAAAAGGCCGAUGGCACUGGUUCCCAGCCUGACAGCAUCCCACUCUCCCUGGGCGGCCACCGCAGCACAUCCCCACAGGCAGGCAAACAUGCAGUGAAUUUUUGGGAAGGAGGGAUUUCAGCUCUUGGCCCUCUUUGCAGGUGAUGUGUGCCUGUAGUGCGAUCACCGCUGAUGCUGGAGGUGCAGGGGGACCAGCCCUGAACUGCUGUGAGCCUGUCCUGCCUUCCAUGCCUUGCUUAUGCCGUCCUGCUCCCACCUCUCCGGUGUAGGGCUCAGCCUUUCUAAUUUAGUCGCCCAAACCCCCUUCUCAAGGGGGACAGCCAGCUACAGGCAUGUGGGGACAGCAGGGCUGAAGCAGCGAAGGAGCCAGCCGAUGGGCUGCAACUGUCUGUUGGGCAUCUGGGCUGCAGUGGGAGCAGAGGCGAGCCCCUGCCUCUUCUCGUGGUCGCUGAUGCACUCACACCAGAGGAGGCUCUUGCAGAGGGACCAUCCCCGAGAACUGGGCACUCUGUGCUGGGCUGGGGACACUGUGGCCUUCAGGAAAGGGGAAAUGUCCUGAAUUUUUGACUGUGGAGCCAGGUCUGGCCAGCUGAGGGGUGGCAAUGGGUGUUUUGUUUUUCUUGAAUAAAAUUUGACUUUUUCUUU